CGGGGUUUGUACAAAAAAACAAAAUAUUUGAAAAAUCUGACUAAUUUGGUGCGUGGAAACGUGGUUAGUGUUGCAAGUCAAUUCAGUGUUGUCCCUCGGAUCACUAAAAUCAAGAACUACAGUGCUCAGACACAGUGGUGAAGUCACUGCAAGACAAAACCUAAACAGGAAGCAUGAAGAAAACACGAAACACAGGAAAAACAACCCAAAACCAGUCAAACAGACCGUGACAGUAUCCACAAAAAACCUGUGAAGUAAGACAUUUGAAACCAAAGUAGCAUGUAAUGCUCUCCAUAUGAACCAAAAGUGUCACAUUUUACAAUUAACUGGAAUAUAAAUAUAUAGUUUGUAAUGGUGUAGAAGUCCUAUUCAGCUCCGUGAAGAGGUCUGAACAUGAGAAACAGUUUGCCGCAUUGCACUCCAACCACUGCAAAGUAGUUUCACUAUCAUAUUCACUUCUCAUAUCAUACUAAAAUACUGUCUGGCGCUUUUUUGAGAGCCCGUAAGAGGAGCAGAGUUUGCACAUUUCACGGUUUUAAACUGCAUGAUCGCGGAUAAACACGUAACGAUUCCAAAGAGGUCUGGUGCUAAUGGACUGCAUUUCCCACAAUCCUGUAGCUGUGAAAGGGGCGGGGUUUUGUUUAAUGUUUGCAGAGCAGGUAGGGCGGGAGUCUAUUGUUUGUACAGGUGCCAGGAGAGUCCUGACUGUAUAGGCGGAUGUGUGACGGACAAGCAGGGGGAUUCCGGACAGAGUUGGAUUACUGAAGAAAACGCAACAUUUUGGGGUAUUUUGAUUAAGGCAAAGAAGUUUCUCUGACUGGAACGACGCAGGGAAAUGAAAGGAUGUUUUUGUCGCAGUUGCCCUUGAAGGUCACCAGUAUGAGAAAGGAGAGACUCCAAGACAAAAACAAAGCCCAAAAGGAAAAAAUGCGAAGAGCCUUUUAACCUUUGAACAGCUCAAUUGGACACUUUCUACAGGCUACAGAACUGGUUUGGCAGGAACACAUGAGGACUCAUUCCGCCUGCGCAUCAGCAGAAGGGGCCAGAAUGCAGACCCCGGGACCCGAGCACGACGAUUUCUUCGACUACCUGUUCAAGAUCAUCCUGAUCGGAGACUCCAACGUGGGGAAGACCUGCGUGGUGCAGAACUUCAGGUCGGGGGUGUUCUCGGAAAAGCAGCAGAACACCAUCGGAGUGGAUUUCACCGUUCGCACUUUGGAUAUAGAGGGGAAGAAAGUGAAGAUGCAAGUGUGGGACACAGCAGGGCAGGAGAGGUUCCGAACCAUCACCCAAAGUUACUACCGCAGCGCUCACGGCGCCAUGAUCACCUACGACAUCACUAAGGGCUCCACCUUUGAAUCUGUGACGGACUGGAUACAGGAAGUGGAACUCUACGGGGCGACCAACGUGGUCCUGGUUCUUAUUGGUAACAAAUGUGACUUGGAGGAGGAGCGGGAGGUUCAGUUUGAGGAGGCCUGCAGUCUGGCAAAAGAACGAGGCAUACUGGCUGCCUUGGAAACAUCUGCAAAGGAUGGUCAGAACGUGGAGGAGGCCUUCAUGAUGAUGGCCAAGGAGCUCCUGUCUCGUAACGGCCUUCAGGUGCAGCAGGAAGAGCUGCAGAGCUACGGCAGGCCCGGAGUUCUUCUCAGGACUAACUCCCGUCCGGUUAAUGGCACCGCGGGCAUGUUCUCGGCUCCUGCAGACAAGAAGUCCUGCUGUUGACCAUGUUUUGGAAGAAAGUGUCAGGAUGCACCAAGGUGGAAUUGGCAGAGAACUUUAUGACUCUGCAGUCUCAUUUUUGAGGAUUGUGUCUGUGCCAGUGUUUGACUCUGUGACCUCUCUCUCACCUGAGAACCAGUGACAGCGGAAACCGAUCAUUGGAAGAUGUGUGAUGACAUCAUGCCCAGUGGAUGUAGAUUUCAGUCAGAUCCGCUGCUCAUUGAUCAAAAGCGAAUAGUCUGCUUCAAUUCUUAAGCAAUAAAACUAGUUGUUGACUGACCAUUUCAUGGAAGCUGCUUUCAUACCCAAUCAUGGCACCCACCUGUUCCCAAUGAUCCUGUUCACCUGUGGGAUGUUCCAAAUAAGUGUUUGAUGAGCAUUCCUCAACUUUAUCAGUCUUUUUUGCCACUUGUGCUAGCUUUUUUGAAACAUGUUGCAGGCAUCAUAUUCCAAAUGAGCUAAUAUUUGCAAAAAAUAAAGUUGAACAGUUCGAACGUUAAAGGCCUACUGAAAGCCACUACUAGCGACCACGCAGUCUGAUAGUUUAUAUAUCAAUGAUGAAAUCUUAACAUUGCAACACAUGCCAAUACAGCCGGGUUAGAUUAGUAAAGUGCAAUUUUAAAUUUCCCGCGAA